GUUCCUCUACAACUUCUCGGCGCUAUGCGCCAUCUGGCAGUCACAGUGGGACGGAUAGCCUACAACGACCAAGUUCUUCGUGGACUUGCCCUUUGCCUUCUGACGUCCUGCGUGCCACAGUGAGGCCCCUCUCCGGUAGCGACUGGGUGCUUCUCACUGGUACAGGUCUCGCAACCUUGCUUCCCUCUGCCCUGACCCCCUCCAUCCUCAACGCCUGGCAAACCUCUGCCGACCUCUGCAUAGACUACUAUGGGUGGGCCCCUGAUGAGAUUGAGGUACAUGGUGAUGAGGCUGCCUUGGCCGAUGCCCUGAUCCAGGGCCGCCUCAGAAUCAUCAGCGACGGGUCAUACAAAAAUGACCUGGGAACUGCUGCUGUUCAGCUCCUGCCCAAAGGGGUAACUGCUCGCAUUGUCAUCCGUUGUCAAACACCAGACCUACCUCAGGAUCAGAGUGCCUAUCGUAGCGAGUUGAUUGGCCUUCUUGCUGGGAUUAUGGCGGUUGACUGGCUCCUCCAACAAUGGUUCCCAGCCCUUAGCCAGCGGCCGGGUGUCAAGAUCGCCUGCAACAGCCUUUCGGCCAUUGAAAUGGCCUUUGAAGACCGACCCCUUUCACCCACUGAUGCACAAUUUGACCUGAUCUCUUCCAUCCGGGAAGCUAUCUCUUGGUCUCCGGUGUCUUGGUCUCCACGGCAUGUCUACGGACAUCUGGACAAGUCCAACUUAUUUGAUGAACUCACUUGGUGGGAAAAGAUAAACCUGGAGGUAGAUGGCAUGGCAGUGGAUUUCCGCAAGGAACUAGAGGCCGCCCACCAACUUAUCCCCCCCAAUCCUCGGUUCUUCACGGAACUGGCAGCUCUUUUUGUGGCUGACACAAAGUAG